UAAGCACUCAGGGGGCCCUUCACUUCUCUCUCCGUUCGCUUCAUAGCGCCGGCAGAAGCGGCUGCCAAUGAGCUCCGAGGAGUAGCACAAGGGGCAGGGCCAGCCCUUAAAGGAACCGCGACCUCUUAGCAGACCGGAGGGUGACCCAGACGAUGGCGGCCGGAGCGGCCCUAGCCUUGGCACUGUGGCUACUACUGCCGCCAAUGGGGGUUGAGGGGGCAGGUCCCCCGCCGAUCCAGGACGGCGAGUUCACGUUCCUGCUGCCCGCGGGGAGGAAGCAGUGUUUCUAUCAGUCUGCGCCGGCCAAUGCAAGCCUCGAGACCGAGUACCAGGUAGUGAUCGGAGGUGCUGGACUGGACGUGGAUUUCACCCUGGAGAGCCCUCAGGGCGUGCUGCUGGUCAGCGAGUCCCGCAAGGCAGAUGGGGUGCACACGGUGGAGCCCACGGAGGCUGGGGACUACAAGCUGUGCUUUGACAACUCCUUCAGCACAAUCUCCGAUAAGCUGGUGUUCUUCGAACUCAUUUUUGACAGCCUGCAGGAUGACGAGGAGGUCGAGGGCUGGGCAGAGGCUGUGGAGCCUGAGGAGAUGCUGGAUGUGAAGAUGGAGGACAUCAAGGAGUCCAUCGAGACCAUGAAGACCCGGCUGGAGCGUAGCAUCCAGAUGCUGACGCUGUUGCGGGCCUUCGAGGCACGUGACCGCAACCUGCAGGAGGGCAACCUGGAGCGGGUCAACUUCUGGUCUGCCGUGAACGUGGCCGUGCUGCUGCUGGUGGCCGUGCUCCAGGUGUGCACGCUCAAGCGCUUCUUCCAGGACAAGCGCCCUGUGCCCACGUAGCCCCCGAAGGGAGAACAGGGAAAGAAGGGCAGCAGGGCCCAUGUGUGUGUGAUUUGGGGGUCCCUUCUCCAGCUUAGCUUCCUACGGGAUGGGAGGUCAUAGAGGCAUGGCCUGAGGGAUAACCCUCAGGGGUGUUUCCUCCCUGCCAGGGGCCAGGUCAGCAAUAGUUGCUGGGUUGGCAGUUUGGGCCUGGGCCCUCCGGAGGGACAGCUGGGGGGCUGCACCUACAUUCCCGGCAACUGUGCAUGGAAGGGGGGGCACUGCAGCAUGUGAGCACAAGCCCUGGAUUCUCUGGCCCCUUUCCGUGUCCCCUACUGUAAAUGCGUGUGCCUUAGCUCAAGCCCCAGCCUGCACUGGCUGGCCCUGGUGUGGGAUGGGGCCCAGGAAGCAAACUCUCCCUUCCCUCCCCGACUGGCCUUCUGAGCCAGGUGAUGGUUCGAGGGGGGCUUGCCGCUUGUGGAACCUCUGCCUUCCUUGGUCUCCUUGUUGCCCCACCAGAGGCCUGCUGCUGCUGUUGGGAGGGUAGCUCCCAGGCUGGGGGGUGGGGGGACUGCUUCCACCAGGGGCUGGGAAGGAGACACGGCUGCAGUGUUCUUGCCAGGACAGUCACUUUAUUGAGAGGAAGGAGCCCGGCCCCUCGGCCCAGCGCGGGGUGGGCUCACUGUGAGGUCUGAUAACAGAACUCUAGGAGAGGGGACUGCGAGACCACCCGCCCCUCCUGCUCUCUCUGCAGAGGCCCCCGGCAGGGCUGAGGGGGGGCCCAGCCAAAGCUUGUGCCGGAGCCUCACGGAACAAAGGGUGGUCUGGCCCUGGGCACUGGAGUCAAUAAAUUAUGGUCAGAAAAUCA